AUGAGGCCGCAACUUUUUGCUUUUCUCUUCGCCGAUCUGCUCGUUGCCGCCGUUGAGGUCGAUGUCCAAGGAUACAUCUACAACGAGCAUCUCCCCGACUUUAGGGGAUAUCCGAAAGUCGUGAGUUAACAGAGAAUAAAGAGCUUUUUUUGGGGAAUUUGAUAGCCUUCCUUUGAGUUUAAUUUUUCAUUUUCCAGAGAGUUGAAGUCGUUGACUAUGGAGUUUUCACUGACACAAUUUGUGGCUCCACAAUUGCCGAAUGGGAUGGCUGGUGGCGGAUUGCAUGCAACCCCACGAACUGGAGAAUUGACGAUGUUCAGAGGUUGAAAAUGUGGGUGUUUGCUCGAGUUGUAAAGAAUUUUUUCUCUUAUGUUUAUUUUCAGCUAUCACAGAUUCGACAAUGGACAUUGCCGAGUGAACGUGUACCGUGGAAGAGCGGCAUGGGCCCGAGUGGCUAGCGGAAAUUACAGUGCCUUGCACGAUGAUGAACCUGUGAGCGACGACAGUUUGUGCCCAGAUGAACUUUAUCCAAAGUGA